UUUCAGACCUUUUCAAACCGCACCAAUGCCAUUCGUUGUAUGUAUCCUUGUCGUUGCUCUGGGUUGUUUAAUCUUAGGACGGUGUGAUGACAUGUCGUAGCUUUUUGAAGCAAAGGGAAGCGAAACAAUAGGGUUCAUGCGCUCAGGACUGAAAUACUUACUGGGGAGGAAAAACAGAGCUGCUGUGCUGAUCGCGGUCACACUGUUAGCGUUAUUAGCUUCCGACCCCACGAAAGGUGCCAGGGAUAAUCUAGGCGAGGAUAUACUUGUUGUCAAUCAUCUGGUCCGAGAAGAUAAAUUGGCUCGGUAGGGAAAGCAAAACCGGAGGGGUCCAUGUAGACGCGCGGUCUCCUUUAUUAUAGGACGCACCAGGUAACGUGGAUGCAAUGGAUGCAUCGUUCCUCUUCUAAUUGAUUCCGUCGACCAAAAGCGAAACAGAAAUAGCUCCCAGUAUGAACCACCUAUCGCUGAGCGAACUCUGCUGCCUGUUCUGCUGUCCGCCGUGCCCCAGCAAGAUCGCCUCCAAGCUGGCCUUCCUGCCCCCGGAGCCCACCUACAGCCUGUUGUGUGACGAGAGCGGCAGCCGCUGGAGCCUGCAGCUGUCGGAGCGCGCCGACUGGCAGUACUCGUCGCGCGAGAAGGACGCCAUCGAGUGCUUCAUGACGCGCACCUCCCGCGGCAACCGCAUCGCCUGCAUGUUCGUGCGCUGCUCGCCCAACGCGCGCUACACGCUGCUCUUCUCCCACGGCAACGCGGUGGACCUGGGCCAGAUGAGCAGCUUCUACAUCGGCCUGGGCUCGCGGAUCAACUGCAACGUCUUCUCCUACGACUAUUCGGGCUACGGCGCCAGCUCGGGGAAGCCCUCGGAGAAGAACCUGUACGCCGACGUGGACGCCGCGUGGCACGCCCUCAGGACGCGGUACGGGAUCCGGCCGGAGAGCGUGAUCGUGUACGGCCAGAGCAUCGGCACGGUACCAUCCGUGGACCUCGCCGCGCGCUACGAGAGCGCCGCCGUGGUGCUCCACUCGCCCCUGACCUCCGGCAUGAGGGUGGCCUUCCCCGACACCAAGAAGACCUACUGCUUCGACGCCUUCCCCAACAUCGACAAGAUCUCCAAGGUGACUUCGCCGGUGCUGGUGAUCCACGGCACGGAGGACGAGGUCAUCGACUUCUCCCAUGGCCUUGCGCUGUACGAGCGCUGCCAGCGGCCCGUGGAACCGCUGUGGGUGGAGGGAGCGGGCCACAACGACGUGGAGCUCUACGGCCAGUACCUGGAGCGUCUCAAACAGUUUGUGGCCCAUGAGCUGGUCAACCUCUAGCUCCUCCCCCCCGGAGCUGGUCAACCUCUGGCUCCUCCCUCUGGAGCUGGUUAACCUAUAGCUCCUCUCCCCGGAGCUGGUUAGCCUCUAGCUCCUCCCCCCGGAGCUGGACAACCUCUGGCUCCUCCCACUGGAGCUGGUCAGCCUCUAGCUCCUCCCCCCGGACCUGGUCAACCUCUGGCUCCUCCCCCCGGAGCUGGUUAACCUCUAGCUCCUCCCCCCGGAGCUGGUUAACCUCUAGCUCCUCCCCUCGGAGCUGGUCAACCUCUGGCUCCUCCCCCUUGGAGGUCCGUCCGAGGGGAGGGGGGAGAGGGGUCGUCAAUGGGUGUAGGAGGAGGUGGAGGAGCUGGAGGAGUUGGAAAAGGAGGAGGAGGAGAGCGGAGGAGAUGUGUUUGGAGAUGAUGUUUAUGUCUAGAGAGAGAAGAAGCUUUUGUUCGUGUUGUUUUUGCGGCGGAAGACCGUGGAAGGUGGGGGCUACGUCGCCAUGUUCCUGCCGAUGUGCUUCUACUCAACAGACCUCCACCUCCACCCCCACCCCCACCCCCCUCUAGGCCCCACUAGAGGUCCCCGCAAACGCUGUCCUCUCCACCUGCUGCAACUGUGAAACUUUACAAAACCACCAACUGAGUAACUUAGUGGUUUAAAUCAAGUUCCUUUUUUUAUUUUAUUUUAUUCCGUGACUGCACUCAAAAGUAAUGACACAAAGGUUCAGAACAUUGCGAGAACCUCGCUGGUUUAUACGCCUGAGUGUGGAGGAGUCAUACUGCAGUCCCAUUUGUUUUAGUUUUUUUGCUGCCUUCAAGAAUGGACCCCCCCUCUCUCUCCCAUAGGUUAGGCCUCAGCCAAGUCGCUGUCGAUCCUGGCGUUUUCCAAGGCGGUUAGUCUGUCUUGUCGGACUAGAUCACCAUAGAACCUCAACAACCUCCAACUGCUUUUCUAGUUCACCCGGAUCCAAUCUGAGGUACUGCAGUCGUAAUGUUUUUUUUUUAUUGUUUAGAAUAAGUAUUUUGAAUAUUUGCACGUUUCAAAUAGGAGUGACAACCAUACAUAAGAGACGUUUUGAAUCUAGUCGCGCCAGUGUUGCCAAAUGUUUAGUAAAUUGCCGAGACUUUUUUGCGCAGAGCCACAGAGAUGUAUGGUUGCACGAACUGAGCUGUAGAAAACAUCUUCAGUGGUCCGUUAACUAUGAGAAUUUCUUAUUUUAAUAUUGUUUUUGCUCUUUAUAAAGUAUGAGGAUAAACUAGUAGUGUGUGAACGGACGCACUGCUCUCAUAGCAGCUAGCCAAACUCACCGUUGUUUUUAUUGAAGUUUUGUUGUUUGGCUAUCUGAAAGUGGAAGCUAACUAGCCACACUUUAAUUCUUCCACAAGUCAAACAAAGCACUAUGUUUUGAACUGAUUGUUUGGUUAUGUUUUUAUUUAUACGUCAGGUAAAGGCAAGACUUUUUGUUUCAAAUCAAACUAGCUGUUUAAACUCUUAUGUGCAAUUUUCAAUCACGUGGUUUGGAAAUAUCAACACACGUUUUUAUAAUUAUGUUACGUAAAUAAAACACACGCGACUCAAACUGGGAACCUCGUCAAUCUAGUCUCAAACCACUGAUGCUGUUCAGGUCUGUCCUGGUCGGCAUCAGUGCUCAUCCAUCACGCUCCCAUGACACAUCUCCGGUUAGUUUCCUUAUCAAAGACCACUGGCAGAAAUGGCUGUUUUUCAAUCAACACGUCUAUUUUUUACAAUUUUCUUUCUUUGUGUUUUUCACAAAUCCCUAAAACCAUUGGAACGUAUUAGAAAGUUCUGUGUUACAUCACUUCUAUAUAAGGUCCAAUGGGCGCUCAAAUGCAGUCUACGUCGUUAUUGUUUCUUUUGCACAAACAUUCCUGUCUUAAGCGUCUGGUGUCUGCAUGGUAAUUAUGGGAGCCAUCGUCAAAUGCUCUUUUAACGCUGACUCGAAGCCAAGGAUAACUGGAGCCAAGGCCGUUGGUGUUCUGCUCAUCUAACCUGUUGAGGUGCUGUCCCUCGGCCCUGAAUCGCGUAUGAACGGUGUGUCUGCAUGCCACGUAAGAGCCAACGCCGUUCCCCUGUGCUUCACUGGGCCACGACAGAACGCAGACCAACAACUGUUAUUUUAUUUAUGUUUUAUUUCAGAAGUUUUAGCACCGAAGGGCCAGGUCUGUUGGUGUGUUCACAGGUUGGGGAGCUUCUGUUUAAGUAGUGAAUAGCCGAUAAGUUCAUGGGUGCUAUGAUAAACGUUCAGGUCUUAUAUUAUAGGUUUAGAGGACCGCACAAUUACAUGAAUAGAAUUUCUCGUGCCUACUAGGCUUACAAAACUCUAUUUAGGAUUGGCUAUAGUAUGUGAGGUAAUAACAUGUUAAAAACGAUCUAUAUAGAACUUCUAAUAUAUACCUAUGUAUAACCUUGUAGGGGACGCAAAGUCGCUUUGUUUCAUAGGCUUUUCUCAAUGUUCAAAUUGUAAAUAAUAUUUGUACUGGACAUGUUUAUUUCACAUCUUUUCAAGCCUUUAACCCACUAUAGUUGUUGUUACUAAUCAAAGACCUAAUCCCUGAUUACGGCUCAUCAGAUAUCUCUGUAAAGAAUUGACUCCCCUAUGUCUUUUGGAUGUUUAUUUUUUAUGAUACCUUUUCAGUUGAAAAAAAAUACUUGUAUGUAAUGAGAAAAUUCUUAAUAACAAUUCUAAUAUGACUAUGGAAAUUAAAUAUGGUAUUUGAGAUGUAAA